UUAUCGAUAUCGUCCAUAUUUAUUAAUGUUUUUGUUGUGUACACACUAAAAACCGGCGCACGCUAUUUUUGAUUAAAAUGAAUUACUAUGUUUGCCUGCAUCAGGAAGGAAUUAGCAGUAUACCUAAAAUAAUACAAAAAGCCCAUGCAAAUAACUAUAAUGUGGUGGCCACCUCGAUUAACGCAAAUAUGCUGCCCAUGGAUCCAUACGAAACGGAUCCCACAUAUCCGGCAACUGUGUUAAAUGCCGUCGACUGGAACUCUAAGGUACUUUUCCAAGUAUCCGAUGUGGAUGUGGACUCGCCCAAUGCAAAGCUAUGUGAAUAUUCGAAAGCUAUGCUGUUGCGCGAUGUCACUUGGGCAGAGCACUUACAAAAUAAUGGAAACAUAAUGGUACGCCUAAGAGGACCCAAGAAUGACAAUUUGGCGGAGAUUAUUAAGUCAAGGACGAAGGUAAGCUGGUUUAUGCAUGUGCCCAUCACCAAUCCCGAAUUGUCCACCUUUGAGCAUCGUAAAGAUGCCACUGAGACAGAGAUUGAAGAAGCGCAACAAGUGGAUCCUUGGAAUUGGUGGAACGAACUACGUUUCGCUAUUAAACAUAAUCCCAAGGUGAAAGUUGUGCUGGAGCUGAGCGACUCCGAUCGACCCAGUCGUGAGUGUGUUCGCCGUUGGCUAGGUGAACCCAUCGAAGCUAUCAUCAUUCCAUCCAGUUUAUUUGUUCUGAAUCGAUCCAAUUAUUAUGUGCUCCAUAAGGAAUGGCAAGCGAUUGUUGGCCACUUCAUUUCUGUGAGAGCCAACAUAAUUAUCUCCACAAAUACCAAUGAUAAGGCUAUCUCGCAAUAUGCGGAUUAUAUCAAGAAACUGAUCAGCGAUCAUGGAGAUACGCACGAUUUAAUUAACUAUGAGAACAUGUUGGAAAUACCGCUGCAGCCGCUGUUCGAUAAUCUGGAUAGCUACACCUAUGAAGUCUUCGAAACUGAUCCGGUCAAAUAUAAGUUUUACCAGGAUGCCGUACAGCAGUUGCUUUUAGAUCGCGUUAGUGAAGAGGAAGCUAAGCGCAAGCUGACUGUCGUUAUGGUUCUUGGAGGUGGGCGUGGUCCAUUAGCACGUGCUGUAUUCAAUGCAGCGGAGAUAACGAAACGCAAAGUGCGCGUCUAUAUUAUAGAAAAGAAUCCCAGUGCCAUACGUACACUGUCUAACAUGGUGAAGACAUUGUGGUCAAAGAAGGACGUUCACAUAUUCUCCAAGGAUAUGCGCGACUUCUCGCCUCCGGAAUUGGCUGACGUGCUAGUCUCUGAACUGCUGGGUUCAUUUGGCGAUAACGAGCUGUCACCCGAGUGCCUCGAUGGCGCUUUGAAACUACUUAAGCCAGAUGGCAUUAGCAUACCCUGUAAAUCAACAUCGUAUAUUAAUCCUAUUAUGUCUGCUGUGCUGCAUAAUAAUGUCUGCCAACUGCCAUCCACUGUGCCAGUCUUCAACUGUGGCUAUGUGGUGCUGCUUAAGAACAUUUACCACAUCGAUGAGCCGCAAACGUUAUUCGAAUUUACGCACCCUAAUCGGGACCCGAAUAUUGAUAAUACACGCCACAAAAAGCUCUCCUUCACAGCUCAAAAGGAUUGUGUACUGCAUGGCAUUGGCGGCUACUUUGAUACUGUGCUGUAUAAAAAUAUAACCCUAAGCAUUAAUCCUGCGACACACACGCAGGGCAUGUUCUCCUGGUUUCCUAUGUUCUUCCCAACGCAACCGCUAACUAUCAAGGCAGGCGAAACAAUUUCUAUUAAAUUCUGGCGCCGCGUGGACACAGAGAAGGUGUGGUACGAAUGGCAGCUUUGCGAACCUAAAGAAUUCGAGCCACACAAUUCGGGUGGCAUGGGCUAUAAUAUGCGCUUAUAAGCUUUACUGCAAUAAACUCUAUGGGGAGUCAUAUAAAAAGGGGGUUAGCCUGAAGCCCUUCGCUGCUUUGGCUGUAAAACAUUGUAAUUUCGAAAUAAUGCUACUGUAAUAGAAAACACAACACCAAAAGAAAUAAGAAUCAUAAAAACU